AUGGGUCCCACACAACACAGAGGUGCCGCACAGUACAGGGCAACUCCAAACGGACGAUGGCGCCGACUUAGAGCCCCGUGGGUCAAGGCUGCCAGGACACACGUCCAGGGUCAUGCUUCACAUCACACAGAGGACUCUCUGCCUUCCGCUGCUGCGCCUGCCCCCACUUCGAUGCCCUACAGUCACGGCCACUUGACACCCAUCCACCGUCCGUCCGACUACCCCACAGCACUGCUCUGGUCCCGCUUGUACACACUGAACUGCGAACGGACGGUCCCCUCCCGACUCUGGCUCAUGAUCUCUCCCUGGCCCUGCCACACGACAGGGCUUUCACCUUUACAUAACGCCCCUGCUGAGCACUCUCGCUCCGGAUGUGGCUGCCAACCCCCACCGGGCAUUGGCUCCCGCUGCCCCGCUGCCUGGUACGCUCACCACUCCUCUAGGCUGUUACCUGGUGCCCCCCGCGGAACAUGCUACUCGUCUCUUUACCCUUGCCUGAGCCUACUACCUCCUUGCACCUCCCCCGGGUCCCUCCUUUGUGUCUCUGUCCUACCUGCACUCUACGCGUCCCCCCAGUUGCCCCUGGUGUCGGUGGAGGACCCUGUUCGGUUCCCCCUGUCUGCCCCCUUGCCGGACCCCCGACGACCCCCCUCUCCCCCUCCCUCAUCCCGACUCCCUCCACGCCCCCAACCGGCCUCUCCUCCUGCUGACUAG